AUGUGGGACAACGCCGACCCAGAUUUGGACGACGCCCUACACAACCCGGAUCCCAUUAGAGAUGCAGCCUUGGAUCGUUCUUUUGACGUCUUCUCUGGUCGAGGAUGGGCAAACGCUUCCGCCCUCUUCAUCCUAAUUGCUGGCCUCAUCACUCUGUUUGCUGGAUAUCCCAUCAUCGCUUUCUAUGGCAAGGCACCACAAUCCGAUCUCGGUGCUUCAAAUAUCGGCGGUACGAACAGCACCGGCCAAGUAUCUGCGUUCAGCAAUAUGCCUACCCUGAUCGACAAAGAUACCGACUCUUCCGUAUAUACCAAGACUGGUACCGACGGAAAGACCUACAACCUCGUCUUCAGCGAUGAAUUCGAGACCGACGGAAGGACGUUUUGGCCUGGCGACGAUCCAUUCUGGGAAGCCGUGGACCUCUAUUAUUGGCCCACGAACGAUAUCGAGUGGUUCGACCCUGGGCAAAUUACGACAAAAGACGGAAAACUCGUCAUUACGAUGGUGGAAAAGAAUAACCAUAACUUGAAUUUCCAGAGCGGUAUGCUCCAGUCUUGGAACAAGCUCUGCUUCACGACAGGGAUCAUCGAAGUGUCUGUAAGCUUGCCGGGUAGCCCCGAGGCUCCCGGUUUCUGGCCAGGUGUUUGGACAAUGGGCAAUCUGGGACGAGCUGGUUAUGGCGCUACGACAGAAGGGACUUGGCCUUAUAGCUACGAUUCCUGCGAUGUUGGAACCUUCCCAAACCAGACGAACCCAGACGGUACUACCCCGCAAGCAGCACUCACUGGUUCUCCAGAAGGUGGUGAACUGUCCUUCCUUCCCGGCCAACGUCUGUCCGCCUGCACCUGCCCAGGCUCCGAUCAUCCUGGACCGAAGGUCAGCAAUGGUCGCAACGUCCCCGAAAUCGAUAUCCUCGAAGCCCAGGUCGACGUCUCUGUGUUCCGAGGCCAAGCUUCUCAGUCCUAUCAGACAGCUCCGUUCAACUUCCAAUAUGACUUCGAUAACUCGUCUUCGUCCUCUCCAAUAUACGACGAGUCGAUCACGCAAUUCAAUUCGUACAAGGGCGGCCAGUUCCAGCAGGCACUGAGUGCGGUGACGUACAUCGAUGCGAGUUUCUACAACGACAAUGCGUACUCCCCUUAUUCGUUCGAGUGGUGGAGUAACCCGAGUCAGAGGGAUGAGGGCUACAUCACUUGGAGUGUCAAUGACCAGAAGACAUGGACGGUAACGGCAGCCUCGUUGGCUGGAGACACGGAGACCGAGAUCUCAUCGAGGAUCAUUCCGGAAGAGCCGAUGUCCAUCAUCCUCAACUUUGGCAUGGCGCCUGGUUUCCAGGAACAGGACUUCCAGCAUCUCCAAUUCCCGAGCGAAAUGCGCAUAGACUACGUCCGUAUUUACCAACGUGACGACGUGAAGGAUGGCCUUGGCUGCGAUCCCUCCUCUCACCCGACUAGUGAUUAUAUCACCGACCAUGCGAAUGCGUACAGCAACCCAAACUUGACGACAUGGGCUCAAGCCGGAUAUGACUUCCCUCGAAACUCCAAGUACGACGGAUGCUAG